GCGAAUAAACUUUGACCUCCUCUUGGUGUGCUGUAUAUAGAAUAAUUGCUGAGUGUCCACACGUGUGUUUUAUACGUAAGAGAAAGACCUGUAUAUGAGCCAUGUCUGGUGUCGUGGUGACUCAACUCCCUACUGGAGGAUUCAACUUUGAUCUCUGUAAAAGGAAUGAAGGACUGAGACGCUCUGGAGUGACCUUCCCCAAGCCAGUCAAGACUGGGACCACCAUCGCUGGCUGUGUGUUCAAGGACGGAGUUGUGUUGGGUGCUGACACUAGGGCCACAGAGGGAACCGUGGUUGCUGACAAAAAUUGUGAAAAAAUUCACUUCAUCGCAAAAAACAUAUUUUGUUGUGGAGCUGGUACGGCUGCAGACACAGAGUUCACCACUAACUUCAUCUCUGCUCAGAUUGAGUUACACAAACUGACCACAGGGAGAGCACCACGUGUAGCCACGGCUUUGAAGAUGCUCAAGCAAUACUUAUACAGAUAUAGUGGUCAGAUCGGGGCCUACCUGGUCCUGGGUGGCUAUGACAUCACUGGCCCCAGUCUAUUCACUGUGCAUGCUCACGGGAGCACUGACAAGCUGCCCUAUGUGUCGAUGGGUUCUGGAUCGCUGGCUGCUAUGGCGACUUUUGAAGAUCAAUACAAACCAAAUAUGGAGAGGGACGAGGCCAUGACUCUGGUUAGGAAUGCAAUCACUGCUGGCAUCCUCAACGAUUUGGGCUCUGGUAGCAAUGUGGACCUGUGCGUGGUGACAGCAGACAAGACAGAUUACUUGAGAGGCUAUGAGGAGAUUGUAGCCAAGGGUCCGAGGACAGGAGACUAUCGCUACAGACAAGGGACCACUGCCAUCAUUGGUACUCCAUGUGUGCGGAGGUUUGAGGUGGUGUCACAGUCUGUGAGCAGCGUUGAGAGCAUGGAGACUUGUUGUUAGAGGACACUCAUGAGACACUCUCUCUAGGACUAGCUUUGUUUUAUAGUACAUUGUUGACCGUGUGUACAAAUGGAAUCAUUUAUUGUGAUUGUCUGUAAUUAUUAUUGUACUACUCUG